AAGACUGAUCUGGCAGCACCACGCAGCAUUGUUGUUGUUUGGAUCACUGAUUGGGAAUUUACCAGUGCAACAAGUUAUUGCAUUAAAUUUCACUUUCCGUCAGGCUGACUGUAAACUCUGGUUUGUGCAUGAAUCAGCGAAAGUCUGCCUAAGACGAUCAUUGUUGCAACAUGAAUGUGGCAGCAGCUGAAGACAGGCCCAAUGAGAACGCGAAGCGAUCGGGUCGCGAGGACAACUCAAUGCCCAUCAGAAUGCUGCCGAUGAGCGUGCGUCAGGCUCUGUGCGAACAUCUGGACUCGCUCAAUGUGUGGCAGCAGCUGGCGGCAUUUGUGAAACUCUAUUCCAGCGAUGUGCAGCACAUACAGAGCGAGAAUAGUCGCGGUCGUUCGCCCACCAAUGAAUUCCUCAACAUUUGGGGUGGUCAAUAUAAUCACUCGGUUUACAGUCUGUUUGCGCUCUUCCACAAAAUGAAGCUGCACAAUGCGAUGCGUCUGAUUAAGGAUCAUGUGGAUGAGAAAUUCCACAAAUACAUUCCGAAAAGUGAACCGAUUAGCGAGCUACGUGCACCGGCUAGCGCCAGUUCCAAGAUUAAUAACGGACCACCGUAUGGCGCCGCCUCAUCGUCGUCGUCGGGCGUUACGGAUGAUAGCAAUAGCAAUAGUUUGGAAUCUCCCGGCGAUAUUCGAGUGAGCAGCGUUCAACGUGCCGCUCAAUCCUUGCUGGAAAUCGAUUAUCAGGAGCUCCUCGAUGCCACAGGAAAUUGGCUACCCGAAAAUAAACUGGGCAACGGUGGCUUUGGCGAGGUCUUCAAGGGCGAAUGGAAACAGCUGGAUGUGGCCAUCAAGGCAAUGAAUUAUAUCCACAAGCACAAUGACAAGACACAGGUGCAUCUGCAGCAGAGCUACAACGAGUUGAAGUACUUGAAUACCAUACGACAUGACAACAUUCUGGCGCUCUACGGCUACAGUAUCAAUGGGGAGAAACCCUGUCUGGUGUAUCAGCUGAUGAAGAACGGUUCGCUCGACUCCAGAUUGAGAGCACACAAGUCAAAGCAGCCAUUGCCGCCGCUGACAUGGCAGGAGCGCUUAUCCAUAGCUCUGGGCACGGCAAAAGGCAUUUAUUUUCUGCACACGGCGCGCAUCAAGCCGCUAAUCCAUGGCGACAUAAAGCCGGCGAAUAUUCUGCUGGAUGGCUGCAUGCAGCCAAAGAUUGGGGAUUUUGGGCUGGCGCGUGAGGGUCCCAAGUCCAUAGAUGCUGUCAUCGAAGUGCGACAGGUGUUUGGCACACGUAUCUAUUUGCCACCGGAGUUUCUUAGUUCGAAGAAACUGAGCACUGGAGUGGACAUCUAUAGUUUUGGCGUUGUCCUGCUGGAGCUGUUCACUGGUCGCCUAAUGGCCGAAUGCACGCUCCAAAAUGAUCAGCAAAAUCUGCUCAAAUCGGUUAAAUCCAGUUGCCUGCAAUCGCAUCAGAAUCGCUUGGAUCUCUUCGAUAAGCAUCUGGUGACGCCGAUGGGCGAGGAGUUGGACAAGUGCCUGUGUGCCAUAGAAGUGGGUCUCAAAUGUGCCGCAUCCAAUCCACAGGAGAGACCCUCAAUGGAUGAGGUUGUCCGAAGGUUUAAAACAUUCAGCAGAGAAUUCUAAAAAUGCUUACUGCGAACGAAACAUUCCAAUAUUUUUUAUUUUUAUACAUUUUUAUGUGACUCUUGUUAUUUUAAUUAUAUUCAAUCAUGUUCUUAACAUUAAAUACGUUCACAUUUUUUAUACAUUU